AGAGGACUGUGAGGAACGAAUGACGCGGCACACACCUCAGCCAUUUGCAAUUGUAUGAGCAUUUGAACAAUUUGGUCCAACAGUGCACCGCCCCUGCUAUUUCCUAUCAAAAAUCCAAGUCCUUGCCGGACGAUUCUCCGAUAUAUCACUAUAUCGCCUUGAGACAAAAAAAUUUUAACUUUGCGCUACGCAAUCACAGCGAUGGAUCUUCUUGUCAAAUGUUAAUGAAUAAUAAGUUUUUCACUGUUAGAUCCAAUCUUUCCCCUUGAAUUUCGACGUAAAAAUCAUUUACAUAUCUUGUCUUUCACAUAUACGUAUGUACAUCGCUGUUCUCAUCUUUUCAUAAAUCUCUGCUCACAAUAGUCCUUUCAAGUUCAAACAUAAGACUAAACGUCUGGCUAAACUCGAAAUAUCCGUGUGCCUGAUACAUAAAUAACGGCGUAAGAGAGUCUGUCAGUCUUGGAAGAAACGCGUAUCGCUAAAGAUCCUAUAAAUUAUCACGUUCUAUACCUCUCCAGUUACUUCAGAAGUAUCGCCUUCUAUAAGUGGCGCGAGUAAGCUCUCCUAUAACUAACUGAAUAUCUAACUUAUCGCAUCCAGAAGUAUGUGAUUUCCUACCUGUUCCAGACCGUUUUAUUACACGUCAUAUCCACGAACGCUAACUCUGUUGCGUGAGAUCGCCUCCCACUGCACCUGUUUGCUCCUUACCGCAACCGGCCUCCAUGUAUAAUGCAAACAAUAAUUGUCAUCGUUGAAUCAACCAGCAAUGCAAGAAACCAGCAGCGAAAUCAACAACCUUGUCCGCGAGUGUAACGCCGAAUAUGAUUUAUUAAAUUGUUCGUGUGUACAAGAUAAUUUCAUACGGAUUCAAACGUCCGCAAACGGCCAGUUGUGUUCGACGCGAUAUAGCAAUGUUUUGUACUGAACGAAUAUCCUUCUGUUAAAUUUUAUUAAACUCUAUUUCGUUCGUACAAAGUACACAGUCCCUUGAAAUUAUGCCGAAAAGAAUAACGCCGGAGAAAGUGAUCGACAUCGUUUGGUUUAGCGUAGCUUUGACUUUCUGUUGGCCGCCUCCUAUCAAUAGCAGCGGAACGCGAACUCUGGUUCACAAAAUUUUGCAGAUGAGUGGCGUUAUUAACGCUUGCAUGCUGCUCCCGCCGCUGUUAUAUUCGAUUUAUCUGCAUCUAGACGAUAUAAUCAUUGUUUCUGAAUGUAUCUGUCUGUUUAUGGUUGUAAGUCAAAUUGUGGUUCAGACUGUUAUAUGUUUCAUCAAUCACGAUUCCCUGCAACACGUAGUCGAGGAAAUGACAGUCUGCGUUAAACAAGCGCGAGAAUACGAAAUGGAAAUUUUUUCCAAGCAUAUCGCGCGAUGCAGCGUCUUUUAUGCAAGUUCUAUGGUAUGUAUUUACUUGACCGCGACUGCCUUUUCGAUAGGACCUGCAGCCUUGCCGCUAUCCUUCCCAAGCGAAGCGGAAUAUCCAUUUCGCGUUAAUUAUACGCCAGUAUACCUUAUCAUCUACACGCAACAGUCUAUCCUCAGCUAUCAAUGCGCAGCACAUGUAUGCUUAAGCAUGUUUGGAUCGCUUCUGCUUUGGUUUACCGCCGCGAGAUUCCAGUGUUUGGCCAUGGAAUUAAAAAAGACGUCAGACGUUAGUACCCUGAUCGUUUGCGAUGUACCGCCAAUGGUGAAAAUACAGUUCGUAACUCUAUGCCUCACUUUACUUACGGAGAUUUAUGUAUACGCGUGGUCAGCCGAUUACAUGAAAGAUAUGAGCAUAAAUGUCUCACGAAGCGCAUACGACACGAUAUGGUAUAAACAAACGUUGGAAGUGCAAAAAAAUUUGUCGAUCGUGCUGGUAUAUCAAGAGCCAGUAACUCUCUCUGUCAGUUGUAUAAUACCAGAGCUUUCUUUGCGUUAUUAUUGUUCGGUAAGGACCACAUAUCGAUUAAUACUUGCUGCAAUAGAACAAAUAAAAUUCUACAGCUAAAUUUGGCAAAAAAUUUUCAAAUAAAUCAAAUGCCAUAUUUGACGUUGUUCGGUUACAUGCAACGGUAAACGUAAUUGCAAUUUUUCAAAUUGUUAAUUUUACUUUUAAGACACUGUUCGCAUUUUCAGUUGAUCGCGAUGCAGCCUCAUUGCCAGAGUGUAAAUGAUAUUCUGUCUAAUGUUCUGUUUGCAAGAUUUCUAUUAUCAAUAUCACUUAACUAUGAAUAUAGUGUCCAUAUAGAUCCAUAUUACAUAUUCUUCUUUUAUUCAAAUUGCCAUAAAACUGGCAUAUAACUGCAAUCUCUUUAAUUGUAAUCAACGAACUAAUCAAAGAUGACAUAUAAUUAACAAGCUGAAAAUAUUUCAGUAUCUGUCCAAUACUUUCUCCAUCUUCACUGCUUUGCGUGUGGUGAUCGAAGAUAAUGCGGAAUAAAUGCGAGUAAAAGAAUAUGGACACUGUUUUAAUCGUAUAUUACAAAACGAUGCUUUUAUCGUGGUAGUUGCGAUUAAAAUCACAAUUGCAGAAUGAGCCCUGUAACCACUACAGUAUUAUAGAAAACAAGUUCCUAUCAAGCUGUAAUUUGUUUUUAAUACGAUAGUACAAUAUAAUUAUAAUAGUUGCAUUAUUUGUAAUUAUCCGAUUUAUCAUAGUUGUUUCGUAUAAUGUAACCACCAGCUUUUGUUUUAUCGGUAAUAUCGGUUGAGAUCAUAGGUCCGUACGCAUUUGUAAUUGAAUCAAAAUAAAACGAAACUAACGUUA